UUGACUCCGAGUCUAUACUACACAACUCGGUAAGUUGGGGUUCUCCGAAACUCCAACAAUGGCCUCAAUUCUCCGGUUGUACAAUGCCGCUCUCAUCCGAAGACCCGUGUUCGCACAGUCCGCCACUGCUGCCUUUUUAUUCGGUGCAGGUGAUGUGAUCGCCCAGCAAGUCAUCGAGCGUCAGGGAAAGAACCAUGAUUUCAUGCGCACUGCACGCAUCACUUUUUAUGGGGGAGCAUUCUUUGGGCCGGCCUUGACAAAAUGGUACCAACUUCUCAACCGCAUCAAGUUCUCUAGUCCUACGAAGGCUGUGAUAUAUCGUGUUUGGCUGGACCAGGCGAUUCUGACUCCUGUGGCUGUCGGAUUCUUUUUUGGUACAAUGAGUAUCCUGGAGGGAAAGGGUAUUUCCGGUGCACAGGACCGUAUUAGUACUGCAUAUACUCCAACGUUAAUCCGUAACUGGGGCGUCUUCAUACCCACCCAAAUCAUCAACUUCGCUAUCGUACCGCACCACCUUCGGUUUGUUGUCGUGAGCGUUGUCAGCUUGUUUUGGAACACGUACCUCAGCGCUGUCAAUGCCAGUUCACAGCACCAGGAAGCAAUCGAAUCAGACAAAGGCGCCGAGAAGUAGCAUGAUCGUAACUCGUGGCGCGCCUCCCACCAACAUGUGUAUAUCAACUAGACCGUCGGCACUGCCAUCCCACGUGGAGACCUUUUGUUCUUAUUGUUGAAGCAUUCAGGAUGCCUACUGAGGUAUAAGCAUCGUCGUGAAUGACUCAAGCAUCGGCACUGCCACGCACGCACACCAUCCACCCCUGUCUUUUCCUUACGAGCUCUCUCCCCAAUUAGAAGUAUGUGCAUGAUGUGAUAUAGCUUCCGGAACGCGCUUUGUUUGAAAUUGGACAUUUCAGGUACAGCGCGAGCUGUUCCAGCCUCCGCGCUCGACCAGUAUCAUCUAUUAUCAGUCGAUGUUCUUAGAAUGCUAUCUGGUCACCAGACUACUUCCGCUCCAGUGGGGCCAGGAGUAG